AUGCCAUUCGCGUCCUUCAAAAAUGCCCAGAAACGCUACUCACGGACUCAUAAAGAGCGCUCUCAGCCGCAACAUCGCAAACAUUUAGGCCUUUUACCGAAGAAAAAGGAUUUCAUUCUAAAAGCCAGGGAGAAAGAGAGGAAGGAUAAAAAAAUACGAGAGCUCCGAAGACAAGCACUCACGAAAAACACGGAUGAAUUCUAUUUUAAUAUGUGUAACUCCACGUUUGAUACAGAACGUGGUCAUAUUCCGCUCAACGCAGAGACAAAGUAUUCAGACGCCAAAAUGAAGUCCUUAUUGUCAAUGAGCGUCGCUCAGCUCCAGCAUGAACUUCAGAAAGAAGUCUCGAAAAUCCGCCGUUUGGAAUCGUCCACGAACGCACUGUAUGGAGAUCCCGACUUGCGGACUCGUCAUACUCGACCCAAACACACGUUCUUCGCAGAGACAAGCUCCGAGGCACAAGACCUUCGAGCCAAAAUCAAAGCGGGUGCAUUCAUCUCACCCGAUACAAACACCACGAAUGUGUCUAUCUUGGAGGAACGUCAGGAAGCGUAUGCUGAACUCCAGCAGCGUCUCCAGCGUGCUGAGACAUUGAAGCUCAUGCUGAAAAAGCGAGAGGCUAAGCAGUUGCUCGUGCGGAAUCCGAAUCGGAAAUACAAGGUUGUGGCCAAGGAAAGCAAAUCAUCCGCCCCUGUUUACCAGUUCGAGCCUGUCCGCGCACGCUAACCCACACUCCCGUUGAAAGAGGAACCAUAACACUGUACAUACAUAUUUU